CGGGGAAAUGGCCGAGGCCUAUCAGGCCCAGAUGCUGGCUUUGAUUACCGAAGCCAAGAAACGGGCGGAUGAGGUAGCAGCCGCAAAGAAGAACAAGGCAGAGGAUGCCGAGAAGGCACGUCUGUUGGCAAUCGAACAGCAGCGCCAGCAAGACGAGGCAGCAGCAAAGGCUGCAGAUGAAGAACGAAAUCAACGACGGGAGAAGAUAUUCAACGGAGAGCGAGCUUUGCUCACAAUGGCAGCGGACUGGCGAGCCGAGGCCGAGAAUGGUAAGAUGGAAGAGACUGAAAGCAAGAUCGCUUUACUCCUCUCCCAUUUCACGGAUCUCUUAGCAACGUGCAUUGCACAACAGGAGAACAUCCACAUCCUCGACGACGUGGUUCAGACGCACAAACGGGUGUUUGAUCAAGUCAACAGCCGCCUCCAGCAGCUGGAGCAACGACCUGUCACCGCCCCCGAUGCCAGCUCCUCCAACACCUCCGAUUGCCUCAAUGCAUUGAAGAUCGACGUCGGAGCCCUCAAGGACAGCACACAGCUACAACAAACCGCCACACAACAACUGGAGCAACGGAUCUGUGCUGCAGCCGCCAACCUGAGUUCGGCACCGCGCGAGACGACUCCAAAGUUCGAUGGUCAAGAGAUCUUCUGCGAUUCGAUGACGACGGACCCGAUUCCGUGGUUCCUGAAGUUUGAACUCAAGUUGCAGCUACAUCAUGUCAUCGAGGACAAGAAACACUCGUACUUAUACUCUCGGUCGGGGGGCGCAUGCCAAGCAUGGUUGGACAAUCUCUUGUCCAAAUACGGGGUGGUAGCUGCCGACUUGUACACCAAGAUCAGCUGGGAUGAUCUAAAGGCGGCGUGGCCUAAGCGGUUCCAUGUAGAGCCGAAGAUCAAGGCAAUGGACAAAUUGCUGACCUUCGAACAAGGCACGCUGUCGAGUGUUGACUUGAUUGCCGAGUACCAACGCUUGACAUCCGUCCCAGACAUUCAGAUGGGCUUCAAGGCCGUCAAACACUACUUCAUCACGAGGUCGUGUCUGGCGUUGGGCAACGCCUUGACUCACGUCGAGGAAACCCUCAAGACAACGGCGGAGCUUUUUGACAAGGCCGAGCAGAUCAUUGUCACGAACAACGAGGCCAAAAACCUCAACCGUUCGUCUGCGACAGGCCCGAGCAGAAAUCAGCAUCGGCUGAAGGUGGCAGUGGUCGUGGAGGCAACGCCAACCGACACUUCUAGCGAGGCCGUGUCUGCUAAUGAAGGGGACAGACUCGCAGCCGUCCGGGAUGGUGGCCGCCCUGGCAAAGGCCGAGGACGAGGCAAGACGAAGACAAACACCACAUCUAUCCCCGGGCCCGGCGCAGCAGCUCCAGCCCCAUGGUCGCACUACGGUCUCUCCGAACAUGCGUACAAGCUAUGCACGAGAUUCUGCUAUUGUCUGUGGUGUAAAAGUGAUCUCCACGACACAGUGGGUUGCCUGUCAAAAGGCAAGGGCAAGUCGGGAAACUGAGCACCGUCGGGAGUGAAUCGACGACACUCUCGACGCCUUCGGAGCCGGUCGC